GUUCUGGCUUUGACAAGAGCUCUGGUACUUGGGUAUCCCUGUCCCGCGUGGCUGGUCUGUGCAACCGAGCCGUUUUCAGAUCCGGACAGGAGAACUUACCCAUCCUGAUGAGGGACACAGCGGGGGACGCGUCAGAGUCAGCCCUGCUGAAAUGCAUCGAGCUGUGUUCAGGCAGUGUUCGUGACAUGAGAGCCAGAAAUCCCAAAGUGGGUGAGAUCCCCUUCAACUCCACCAACAAGUACCAGCUCUCCAUCCACGAAGUGGAGGACAAUCCCUCUGGUCAUCUUCUGGUGAUGAAGGGAGCGCCGGAGAGAAUCCUGGACAGGUGCAGCACCAUCAUGAUGCACGGCCAGGAGGAACCCCUUGAUGAAAACUGGAGAGAUGCCUUUCAGAACGCCUACCUGGAGCUGGGCGGACUGGGAGAAAGAGUGCUGGGAUUCUGCCACUUGAAUCUGUCUCCAUCCCAGUUUCCUCGAGGAUUCACCUUCGACUGCGACUACACAAACUUCCCCACGGAGCAGCUCUGCUUUCUGGGUCUCAUCUCCAUGAUUGAUCCGCCGCGUGCCGCUGUGCCCGACGCUGUGGGUAAAUGCCGCUCCGCUGGCAUCAAGGUCAUCAUGGUAACCGGGGACCACCCCAUCACAGCCAAGGCCAUUGCCAAAGGGGUGGGCAUCAUCUCUGAGGGCAACGAGACGGUUGAGGACAUCGCUGAGAGACUGAUCAUCCCUCUGAGCCAGGUUAACCCCAGGGAUGCCAAGGCUUGUGUGGUGCACGGCUCAGACUUAAAGGACAUGAGCUACGAGUAUCUGGACGACCUGCUAAGGAACCACACUGAGAUUGUUUUCGCUCGCACCUCUCCUCAGCAGAAGCUCAUCAUCGUGGAGGGCUGCCAGAGACAGGGGGCCAUCGUGGCUGUGACGGGGGAUGGAGUGAACGACUCACCGGCUUUGAAGAAGGCAGACAUCGGCGUUGCCAUGGGGAUUGCCGGUUCUGAUGUGUCCAAGCAGGCAGCUGACAUGAUCCUGCUGGAUGACAACUUUGCCUCCAUCGUUACCGGAGUGGAGGAGGGUCGUCUCAUCUUUGAUAACUUGAAGAAGUCCAUUGCUUACACAUUAACCAGCAACAUCCCAGAGAUCUCGCCCUUCCUCCUCUUCAUCAUCGCCAGUGUUCCUCUUCCUCUGGGAACUGUCACCAUCCUCUGCAUCGACCUGGGCACUGACAUGGUCCCUGCAAUCUCCUUAGCUUAUGAGUCGGCUGAAAGUGACAUUAUGAAGCGCCAACCAAGAAAUCCGAAAACAGACAAGCUGGUCAAUGAACGCCUCAUCAGCAUGGCGUACGGACAGAUAGGUAUGAUCCAGGCUCUGGCCGGAUUUUUCACCUACUUUGUGAUCUUGGCUGAAAAUGGCUUCCUCCCUAAAGACCUGCUGGGCAUCCGCAUCAGCUGGGAUGACCGUGAAUUCAAUGACCUGGAGGACAGCUAUGGGCAGCAGUGGACGUAUGAACAGAGGAAGAUCAUUGAGUUCACCUGCCACACAGCCUUCUUUGCCAGCAUUGUGGUUGUCCAGUGGGCUGAUGUGAUCAUCUGCAAGACCAGGAGGAAUUCACUCUUUCAGCAAGGCAUGAAGAACAGGAUCCUGAUCUUCGGCCUGUUUGUAGAGACGUCCCUGGCUGCCUUCCUCUCUUACUGCCCUGGGAUGGACGUGGCCCUGCGCAUGUACCCCAUGAAGAUUCUGUGGUGGUUCUGUGCCUUUCCCUACAGCCUGCUCAUUUUUGUUUACGAUGAAGUCCGUAAAUUCAUUCUGCGGAGGAGCCCAGGAGGUUGGGUGGAGCAGGAGACGUAUUAUUAACAUUCAGAAAAUGUCAGUUUGCAUCGUGUGUGUGUUUUACUUCCGGGCUUUGUGAGGGUGAAACUGCGUGUGUGUCUGUCAGAUGUAAUAUUGCAUGGAUCAGUUCACAAAUCCGAUUAUCAUAAAAUACUGCUGAAAAAAGGCUUGCGAGUUGUUCCUUUCUCCUGUUUCAUCAGAAAACAUUUACAGCAAGAUGAUGUUCUUGUGCACCUUGGUGCCUUACGUAAACUCUUCCUGAAGUGAUGUAUUGUGGCCUUUGAAUGAAAAGCAACAGUGAAUGAUUUUCAUCAGUUUGAAAGUUUUCAAAUAAAAUGGAUUACUAUCUAUGA